GUUGUCACGGCGAAAUCAAAGUUGUUGUAAGAGCGCGUGUGUGUGUGCGCGAGGGGAGAAAAACUGGCCGGUGGAGGAGAAAGGCUCGAGACAGGGACAACGUACACUGGAUAUUUUCAUUCACAGUAUAAAUCAUUAUCGGUCUUUUCUGCAUCAGUUAGAGUCUUAAAACAAGAAAUAAGAAGGAUCCUUUCGACUGAAUACCGUAUUAUACCGAUGAAAGAUGACUUGACAGUUAAAAACUAGCUCUACCUCUUCGGACUGUAGCGAUGUUUAAACCUCUGUGUGCAUAGUUUCACACCAUUCCUCUGUCGCCGUGGACUUAUCAAUUUGUUUCGGUGUUGCUGCUGAAGGAACAUUUUCUGAUCCGAGAUGACGGAAAUCAGCGAAAAGGAGAAUGAACCACAAAACCGGGACCUCCGCCGACCACAGGCCACCAUGCCCAGCCAACAUGAAUCAAAGUUACAGCGGUUGAAGCGCACCCUGUCCUUCAAGUCAGUCAUGCGCAGCAAGAGUGUGGACAACUUUUUCCAGCGCGGUAACGGCGAAUCCCGCACUCCCUCAGCCCUCAUCACCACACCUUCACCCCCGCUAUCUCCUCCCCCCAUCCCCGAGUCCCCCCUGGCCUAUGAUCGCUCUCCGUCUCAUUCCCCUUCUACAAGUCCCAACCCCUCAUUGUCAUCACGCUCACCUUCUAUUAGUCCAUCACAGUCAUUUAGACAAACUACUAAAACCCAGCCAAAGUCUCUGGCCCAGCCGGUGGAGCCGGUCAUGACCCACUGUUUCCAGGAGCAUGUCUUCCGUAGGCCUACCAGCUGCCAGCGAUGCAAACACAUGAUCCAAGGGAACUCCAAGCAGGGGCUGCGUUGUAAAGCCUGUAAGAUGGCGGCCCACCUCUGGUGCUCGUCUGAGCUCUCCCAGAAGCCUUGUAAUGGCAAGACAGGAGCUUUCAAGAGAAACUUCAGCUCUCCUCUGUUAACCACUGAUACGCUGGGCGUGGUCAGAGAGGCUCCUGCUGCCCAAGAGGCAGAUAAUGGCAUUGUUGACCCUGUGUAUGAGGCACUGCGCUAUGGGACGUCGCUGGCUCAGAUGAGUCGCUCCAGCUUCAGCAGUAUCUCAGAGUCGCCCUGUCAUGAGGCAGAAGAACUGCAAGACAAACUAGAAAACCAACCAAUAGCUGAAGAGGAGCACAUCCCAGGAAUGCUUACCCCUCCUGAAAGCGAGAAGGCUGAUUCAGAAGACAGGGUCAGCCUGAAGACUCCUAAGAAAGUAGAGGUCCACUCCGUCCACACAUAUGUGGCGCUAUACAAGUUUCUGCCUCAGGAGAAGAACGACUUGGAACUACAACCUGGCGACCGAGUUCAAGUCACAGAUGACUCCAAUGAGGAUUGGUGGAAGGGGAAAAGCAGAGACAAGGUGGGAUUAUUCCCGGCCAACUUUGUGCAGCGGGUCCGCCCUGGUGAGCGUGUGUGGAAGGUCACUGAUGGUUUCCACGGCAACCGAGACAAAGGCCAGAUGACUGUAAAAGAAGCCCAGAUCUGUGUGGGGAAGAACGAGGAGAUUGACGGUUUCCUUCGGCUGAGCAGCGGGAAGAAGAGAGGCUUGGUCCCUGUGACGUAUCUGCUAGAAAUAUGAUGACAGUGCACCUCUCCUUGACCCUCAGUUUGAUAAAGAAGUUCACUAUGACGGAGGAAUACUCAGGAGUGUUUACCAGACACCUCACUGACUGACAACCACCCACCUCCACCCCUCCAAAAAAGUGGCAGUGAAUUAGAAGCUUGAGUGGACGACGAUCCGCUUUUUACUGCAGAAGCUUUUAAGACUUAAAGGAGGUGGGGGGGUCUCCAGAGUUCUUUAGAGCUACUUUUCUUGUAGCACAACUUUACUUUGUGUGGUUUUAAACACACUCACCAACAGAAAUGUAGCAUCAUGUUGAAGAGGAUAGUGUGCAGGAAGUCUGGCUACCUCGCUAGCCAUUUUAAUUGGUCAUCCAUCUGUGAAAAAGGGGAGAGGACUAACUUACUUUGAUGCCAAGGUUUAUCCAAGCCUUGUGAACUGUCUUCAUUUCACUGUGUAGAAAAAACAAGACGUACAAGAUGUGAAAGAUUGUAGCUGUUUAUUUUAGUGGCUUGUGCUUUUUCACCUUUUAGCAGAUUUUGUUUAGUAGAUUCAACUGAAGGUAUAAACAUGACGAUCCAGUUUUGUAUGUGCAGCUGACAAUGUGCACACGUCUGCUGUUGUAAUAUGGAUUCAUGAGGUGCAUGUGUGUCAAUCCGACUCAGUCUAGAAAAUGAUUCAGGUAUUACAUUGUGUGUAUGUACAAUUUAAAAAAAAAAAAAAAAAAAAAAAAAAAAAAAAAAAAAAAUUAUUAAGUCUUCUUUGCUACAACUUGGUCAAAUGAAAGUCAUACCACACACACUGGGAUUUUCUGUAUUUCAGACUGCUCUCCAGUGAUUAGAUUACUGUACAUUUGUGCUCUUCACAGCUCCGAUGUGACAAAUGCUUUGCGUGCACUUGGGGGAGCUUUUUUCCUCAGUACGCCCUUCAAUGACACUACACCCACUAACACAAGUAACAGUUUACUUUGUACCUUGGAACUCUAAAAUCAGCCAUUAGAAGCCGCUUCCUGUCAUUAUAUCGUCAGUAUUGUUUAUCUGUAUGUAUAGUCCUGUAAUAUUAGCUGUCAUAUCCAGUUGUGUACUACAACGUGACGAUGGUGUGCUGUCUCGACUUUCUGAUGCUUUUCUUGCAUGUAGGAGUAAAGCAAAGAAAUACUGUUAUUCAGGAUGACGGAUAAAAAAAAAAAAACUUAGUGUUAUUUGUCAAAAGAGGGGUGAAGGCUUUUCAAACAUUCAGUCUCUCAGAAGGUCAUGUUCCAAACGUCAGCUGUCAAAAAUGUGCUGAAUUUUUUAUGAAUGGCUAAUGUUUCUCCCAGCACACGAUUACUUUUAUGUAACUCUGAGAGACUUUUAUUGUUUCCAUUAUUUAAGGUGAUUUAAGGCAAAUUCACCACAUGCCAUUUGAUUUAUUGCUCUGUCAUUAUAAACCAUAAGGCAGUGACAAAUUGCCUUUGUUGUGGCAAUAACUGUAAAUCAAGAUAUUACAUUAUUUGUAAAUAGCCUU